AUGAAAUCGGCUUUCAAAUCGGAGUACCCCUUCGAGAAGAGAAAGGCAGAGUCCGAACGCAUCAGCCAGAAAUUCGAAAAUCGGAUUCCAGUGAUUUGCGAAAAAGCCGAAAAAUCAGACAUCCCAGAGAUCGACAAACGCAAGUAUCUGGUCCCAGCAGAUCUCACGGUGGGUCAGUUUGUAUACGUGAUAAGAAAACGCAUCAAGCUGCCAGCCGAAAAGGCCAUUUUCAUUUUCGUCAAUGACACGCUGCCUCCAACCGCAGCGUUGAUGUCAGCCAUCUAUCAGGAGCACAAAGACAAAGACGGGUUUUUGUACGUCACUUACUCUGGGGAAAACACAUUUGGGCUCAGCGAGUGA